GGUGUCAGUUUUACCUGGCGACGGUCGGCGGCCGGCGGCGCGCGGGCCGCAGUGGACGGCCGGUGGUCGCCGAGUGAGGGCUGUCGUGUGCGCAGGUGGCUCGUGAGCGACACGAACUAGUUGCGACGAGAACGGAUUGCGAUGUGGCCUCUGGUCCUGACGUGUGCGCUGCUGGCGGGCGGUACGGCCCGCGCGGCCGUGGUCACCGCACCCGCCGACUGUCCGGCGGUUCGGUCCAUGCUACUCGAGAAAGGAGUCGCCGAGUCGGCGCUGUCUUCUUCAGGGGCAUCCAGUGAGGUGUGCCAGGCGGGCUCGUGCUGCUCUCGGGACUGGGAGCACGGCAUUCGAGACGUGGUCCACAGGGAGUUCCGGCGGCGCCUGGUCGACAGCACCGACCAGGUCAAAAACCUGCUGCACCUGCAGGUCAGCGCCGUGCAAGAUGCCAUCUUGCGACUGAUCCAUAACGCCAACCAGUCAACUAUCGACAGCUACAGCCACGAGACUGACGAGGACAGUCAAAACCAGACCAGUGACAACGUGGCGAAGCACGCGCUGCCCACGCUGUUCGGCCAGUUCAUGCGCUACUUCCAGAGCGAGCUGUCCGAUCCGGAGCUGGAGACGGCCGUCACAGAGUUCUUCGACGAACUGUUCGUGGUGACGUACGGACGCGGCGCGCAACUGAACGCCACCUUCGCGAGCUGCCUGCGGGAGAAGCGGCUGGACAUCCGACCCUUCCGCGACGUGCCGUUCCGGAUGAAGGAGAAGCUCCUGCGCACCUUCGGGCUGGCGAAAUUCUACCUGCAGUCGCUGUACGGCGGUCUGGCGGUGCUCAACACCACCACCCACUUCCAGUGCACGGAGUCGUGCUACCAGGCGCUGACGAGGCUCAGCUACUGCCAGCUCUGCCGAGGCCACAGCCAGGUGCGGCCGUGCAAUGAGUUCUGCUUUAACGUGAUGCGCGGCUGCAUGGCGCCGCUCUCCACACUCAACGAGUCGUGGCAGACGUACGUGGAGGUGUUGCGCAAGCUGGCCACGUCCCUGCAGGCCGGCAACAACGUGGAGACCUACCUGCUGAAGCUCUAUGUCAAUAUCUCGGAGGCGAUGUCACUCGUCUUCACCUACCGGGAGGAGGUCGAUAGAGAGGUGCGUCACGCGUGCGGUUCGUCGGAACCGUCGCGUCGCCGUCGACGCCGCGACGUGGACAUGCAGUACCGGUCAUCAGGCGACAUGGGUGGCCUGCUGCCGCCGCUGCCCCGCCGAGAGCAGCUCAUCGACUUCGACGCCGAGGGCGAGCCGCUUAACAAGCUGCUGCGGGCGUUCACCAGUGACGUGGAUCAGCACAAGAACAUGUUCCAGACAAUGCCAGAGGACACGUGUAACGACGUGUCGACCAACAACUCGACCUUCUGCUGGAACGGAGACGAAGUCGGAGAAUAUGUGAAGCCGGUGGCCGGCAUGGGCCUCGACUCGCAGGAGUUCAACCCCGAGGUGGUGGUGCCGCAGAUCGCUGACAGCACACUCAAGGAGAAGGCCAACAUGCUGGAUCAGAUACAACAGGGCUCCAACGACAAGCUGGCCACCAUGCCUCCCGUGGACUCCUACGGCUGGGGUGACCCCAUCUACGGCGACAUGGGCAGCGGCUACGGCUCUGGAGACGGCAUCUACGGCUUCACGGACGACGAGGACGGCUACCACCACAGCUACUACGACUAUGACGACCUGGGCAGCGGCAGCGGCGACUACGACGACUGGUACGACUACGGCGAUUGGACAGACUACGACCACGGAGUCACCAUUCCCACCACCGUCUACCCCGAGGAAGAUGGAGCCGACAUCGACAUCCCCAGCGAGACCGACGUCGUCGAGCCAGAGGUCAAGGCCGAGCCCCCGCCGGCCACCACCAAGCCGACCACCAAGGCGGCUCCGGCGCCCACCACGGCGCGGCCUGCGGGCGGCAGCGCGGCAGCUGUCACCGCCGGCUGGUCGCUGCUGGUCGCUGCCCUGCUGGCCACGCGACUAUAGGGCGUGGAGCGCCGAGCCGGCUGAGAGAGAGAGCUUUCUUGCGGGUGACGGCGGUCGCAGCGCCGCCCCGCACGCCCGCCUGUGAUACCGUGUCUGUGGAAAGAGCGAGAGAGCGUGUGCACACGCCGGUACGGCCGGCGUCAGAGUGCCAAACGGGCCGGGCGCGGCGCGAGCUACCGGUCGGUCAGUGCUGGACCGCGCCGCCCUCCACACAGGGCAGAGGGAGGGAGGGGAGCAGAGAGAGGGCCAGACGGACGGGAGCGGACCGGCCGGACGGCCGCCGGCGUCCGGCACAUUCAGGAGCGGCGCUGUGCAGUGGGAGGAGCGGCCGCCGCCGCGACAGGACGGCAGGGCUGGACACGUGGACUGGAGGCGGGCCGAGAGCCCAUCUGCGUCUUCCCGAGCGAGUGAGAGCGGAGGUGGCGCCACUGCGGCGCCCGCCAGCGGUCCUCAUCUUCAUAACCCGCGUGGCUGUUGACCGCCCCGAUGGUGCUUUCAGGGAGUUAGACUUCUAGCUUAGUGGGGUAUCAUACUUUCAAGCAAUAAAGUCUCGUACGACUAACCCGACGGCGCGCCCUGUCGAGGGGCGCCGCCGCCUGUGGCGCCCUCUCGCGGGGGCGCCGCUUUCAGUAGCUCCCCUCGUGGGGGCACCGCUGCCAGCAGACAGUGUUGACUCCGCUGGUACGCUUUCGGAACGACGCUGAAGUGUAUCUUUCGUUUACUAGCUUGACAAGUCGAUGUUAUGUUAGGUGCGCUAUGUUACUGCUUCUCCAGAAAUUCGAGUUUGACCGGGAGUUUGUGAGCGGCCUGCCGACGGCGAUCGCCAUUAUGUUCGUACUUGUUGACCGUUUUAGAUGUGCAUUCUCACUCAUUGUAUAACGUUUGUCGAAAUGUCCGUGCUGCGUUCACUUGACCGCCGGCCGACCGCCGCGCGCGCGCGACCGUUUUAGAUACAAUCAUGACGCGUGUGUUAGUGAGCCAAAUAUCAUAAUUGGACGUAUCGGCGCGCCAAAUGACGCGUGGUCGUGCCUAGUGACGACAUUGUUGAGCUCGUGACGUAUGCUGCUCGCCGCGAUUGCCUUAGCUGCUUGUGUACGUCGGCCCCCGUGCGCUGGGGGCACUCUACGACAGCCACGUCCUCCGCGAACCCUCCACGGGACACCGGCGGGCCCCCAGGGUGGAUGGCACUACUGGACGGCCCAGCACCCUUCCAAUGGAGAUGUCCUGACCGUCACCGCUCCCCGGGAGCUCCACAGGGUCCUGGGCGGGAUAUCCGCACCACUCCAACCCCCGCCAUCACACACAGGCUCCCGACACCAUAUCUACUUCGCUGGGAUGAUUUCUACGCCGCCGCCGUCCUAUUCCACUAACCCGAACCUUUCCCGCUCCGCCCCGCCGCGCCAGACGCCGACUCCCGUGUCCCUGACCAGUCAUAUCGCCGCGCCGGCCUCACGUGACGUCACCGGGCUGUGACGUCAUCUGUGCGCCGUUCGGUCACAUAUCCGUCUGUGCCGCCGGUUCUAGCCGCCCCGUGUGAGUGAUGGACUAUCGCCGGGCGUGUGCUGUUUAUAUCGUCUGACCGCGUGAGUGAGAGAGAGUCUGUGGCUAUUUAACUCCCUGUCCUUCGGCCCGUGUCUCGGAGGAUCCAGGAUCCGGGGAUCCGGAGCGGGAUGGGACCUCGAGGAUCCAGUAUCCAGGCUGUUACAGCAGGUGGGGAUUCGAAGGCUGAGUAGAAUACAGUAUCCAACACGGAGUGGAGGACCCGGAUCCAGUGCGGUUUAGGGAUCCAGUAUCCAGCGAGGAUCCAGGGCGGAUGGGUUCAGAAACGCGCAGUGUUGAUCGGUGUAUGGAAAGGAUGUGAUAAAUACAUUGUUACUUCCGCCUCUCGAAA